AGGGUACAGAAAGCUUCGCAAAGAGGGCAGCAGCACUUUUCGGACACUCAAAAAUGAAAAAAUAAAUAAAAUCCGUCAGCCAAGAUCUCACAACCGUCCAAGCAGAUGUCUGGGUAGUAGGACGUCUCUUAAAAGAAAGUGGAUUCCCAGGCGCUGGCCUUGUCUGCUUAUCCCGAGGGCUGUAACCUUUAAGACCUCCACAUAUCGCUGCCCGUCCCGCCAGUUAAACAGGCACAAACCCAGCCUGUCUUAAAGAGUGAGGCUUACAGCCCAGCUUAGCCAGCUGCCGCUGUUGCGUGUGUCCAUACAUACCAAUCCGACGCCGCAUCUCCCCAAAAGUAAUCCUGCACGACCAUUGAUUGUCGUGGCGCUCCUGUAGUCGACUCCGUUCAGCUUCCCCUCCGCUAUAUGGGCUAUAUGGGUUCUGCCGCGAGUAUCCCGACAGAAAACUCGGUGAUGAUUCGCAAGUCUUCUCUCUGACAGCAAAGUCCGAGUUACACAUCGUCGUCUAUUAUCUAUCUCCCAACCGCGCUGGGUGGUACCACGUCCGACCUUUGUUUCUAUUCUAUUAACACUCAUACAUCACCUUGUCGAGAAAUGUCAAAUGGCCAGCUGGUACGUUGGCGGGACAGAGAUGUCGCGUUCCUCAAGUGACUCCAGUCUCCCCGGUGGCCCAUAUCGUCAUCAUCGUCAGCACUUCGAACACAAGAAGCGCCGUCCCAGCUACUCUGAAAUUGACAGCCUCCCGGAUGAUUUCAAAGUAUUUCAACCGUUUAAGCGCCACCGGUUUGUCGACAACCCCGACACAUUCGAAACAAUGGAUUUUGAACAGACCCUGGCCCGUCCGGCUUUCUACAUUAUUAAGGAGGGAAAUUCCGGCCUCGGCUCAUCUCGGCUCGGCCAGGCCAUGGUCGAAAACCCCGUCUCUGUCCCCCGCCGCACGGAACCUGCUGUGUGGCCUGACUCUUUCCAGCAUUUCAGGGUGCAGUCGGACUCAUCCGCCAUGAACAGUCCCACACCUACUGAUAGAGCCCAUGAAGAAGCCGCCAUGCGCGUUGCGGCCGACCUCGAGAACCCCCGGCGGAGGAGCAGGGUUUCCCAGCACGAGCGGAUCUUGAGGAGCCUCAUCUGCCCUAAAUCGCCUGAGGCUGAGUUCGAUAUAGACGAUGUCGCUUUGCAAGGAAUCUUCUACGCGGCCAACGAAAUCUUUUUCCACGGGAAGCUUAAGGGUCGCGUCACAUGGGCGUGGAGGGAGUUGCCUAGCUGCCUCAUCGGCACUACCGCGUUGAGAUGGUCGCCGCGCGCUAAUGGCUAUGAAACGCUUAUCUUCCUAUCGCGCCACAUCCUCAAGGACAAGAAAUACAACAGGCGUCUUCUCAUCUCGACCUUUAUACACGAGCUCAUUCACAGCUAUUUGUUCGUAUAUUGCGGAUUUCAAUCUCUAGAAUGCGGCGGCCAUACCCAAGGGUUCCAGCGAAUCGCCAAACUUAUUAAUGAAUGGGCCGGCCCGGAGCUCCUGUAUCUCGAUAAAAUGGAGGCCGUGCUCAGUAAUUUCGAGACCAAAGCCACAAUGUCACCGGAAGAUGCAUAUUUUGACAGCUGGGGUACGCCGUGUUUGCACAACCUGAAGAACGAAGAAUACAUUUUCCCAAAGCACCACCAGUGCAGGUUGUGGCCUGCCGAUCUACGUUUACUGGGCCGGGAUUUUCCAUGACGAGCCGCCAAACGUCCCAGUCCCGGCCCUGCGGUUGCGUCUCGCGAGCCGAGAGGCAGCUUAAUGUUACCCCGCAUAGGGCUAGAUCUUAUUAUUUUUUUUUUUAAAAAAAAACCUACCUUAACCUAUACCCAAAUCUUCGCAUCCUACCCACCCAACUUCCUCUACCCUCCUCUACCAUACAUAUACCUACCUAGGUACCCAACCUACCUAUCUCACCUUACUUAACUUAGCACAUAUAUAUCUAUUUACCUACAUAUAUAUUCACCUUCACCUUCCCUUACCUUAUAUUUCCUUUGUCGUAUAAUACAGGCAUGGCAGCGGCGUAUCGUUAUAUAUAUUUAUAUACCCCCUUACCUAGAUGCGGGACGAAACAUAAU